CAUUCAAUCUUCUCUCUCUCUCUAUCUCUGUGGAAAACUUUGAAGCAUAAUCACAAAUUAGCAGCAAAAUUCUCUGAGUUCAUGAAAAGCUCAUCAAUGGAGAUUUUGGAGUCUUGUGUUCCACCAGGCUUUAGAUUUCACCCAACAGAGGAAGAAUUGGUGGGUUACUAUUUGAAAAGGAAGAUCAACUCACAGAAGAUUGACUUAGAUGUGAUUGUUGAUAUUGAUCUUUACAAAAUGGAGCCAUGGGACAUCCAAGCGAGUUGUAAAUUUGGUUACGAGGAGCAGAAGGAGUGGUACUUCUUUAGUCACAAGGACCGGAAAUACCCGACAGGAACCCGAACAAACCGAGCGACAAGUGCCGGGUUUUGGAAGGCCACAGGGAGGGAUAAGGCAGUUGUGUCAAAGAAUAGAAUGAUUGGGAUGAGGAAGACAUUGGUGUUUUAUAAAGGUCGUGCUCCUAAUGGUAGAAAAACAGAUUGGAUUAUGCAUGAAUAUCGUCUCCAAACCUCUGAACUUGCACCUCCUCAGGAAGAAGGAUGGGUGGUGUGUAGAGCAUUCAAAAAGCCAAGCCCUAAUCAAAACCAAUCCAUUGGAGCUUGGAAUGGCCCAUAUCAUCAUCAACAACAAGCCUUUUAUGAUCUCAAAAACAACACCACUGAAUUUGUCAGGUCUCCUUCAUUUUCAGGUGCCAUGACUUCAUCCCAUCUGCUCAAUAAUUCAGACCAGCUGCCCUAUGCCUCUGAUCAACAACAACAUUUUCUACCCGCCUACGAUGUAAACCAGCUCGUCCAACUCCCGAGUCUCGAGAGCCCGACGCUCUCGCCGAGCUUCGGGACUAACGAAACGAAGAUAAAUAAUAAUCACGAUCAUGGCCCGUGCCCCGAAUGGAACGUUGAUUUAAUGAACGACCUGCUUUCAUCGUCUUCUAAUUACCCUAAUUUGCCCCAAACUUGUGAGCUUCAAGCGCAUAACCCUUGUGGGUUUGGAAACUUUUGUUGACUUGUAAUCAUAUAUGAGAGCAAGGCUGAAGAUUUUAGAGUGUCUUUUUUUUCUUUUUCUUUUUUUUUUCUUUUUUAUGUAUAAAGAGAGAGAUCAUCUGCAAAGUGAAUGGUUUCUCUUCAUUUGAAACUGAUAUAUAUCUGAUUAUUUAUUAGGGUUGAUGAGAAGUUGUUUUAUAUU